UUGUACCUUAAAAAUUGAAUCGUAGGGUUUAAAAUUAUAAUUCUUUAAUAUUGCAGUAUGUUUAAUAGGAAUCUUUCUUUACAUAUUAAAAUAUUUUACCUAAUAUUAUGAACAUUAAACUAUUCUCAUUUGCGUUAAAUGGUCUUCCUCAUGUAGAGAGGGUAAAACAACGGCAUUUUUCUUGAAUUUUUUCAAGCCUUUUAUUCAACUUAAAAACAAUCUUUUACAUAUUAUUAUAUGUAUCUCAAACUGUAUAUGUGCAUUUGUUGUUUCUUUUGUUCUUUGACUGUGCUUGCAUACGGCUGUUGUGAAUAUCGCCUGUCGUUUUUUAAGAUGAAAUAUUGCCGGCAUGAUAUCUCGGGUUCUAUAACAGAUUAUCCUUAUCUUCGGAAUUUGCGGUUGCUUGCGCUGUGCCGAAAUAACAAACAUGAAGGUCGACGAUGUUGAAGAUUUGCAGGAUAAAUAUUUAGUGUCAGUCAUUGGCAACAAAAAUGAUUACGCUGUACAAUUCAUUAUUGGAAAACUUUUCUACGUCAAAGUUCAGAAUUAUGUUGCAUUGCGACCAGCUGGACAAUUUAGCGAUAGAUUUUUCGUCAGAUACCAAGAUGGUAAAUGUUUCCGCCAAGUUAUUGGAAGGCAUAAAAUAGGAGAAGUGCCGGAAAAAAUUGCUUUCUAUUUAGAACUGCCAAAUGCGAAAAAAUAUACUCGACACUGCUUCAGACGUUCAGCGGCGACGCUUCUUUCUGAUUCUGGUGGAAACAUGCAAAUGGUUAAACAACUGGGAAGAUGGCGAUCCGAUUUAAUCGCACAGGGUUACCUAGAAAAUUCUAUGCAUAACCGGCAACUGAUUUUUGAUGGGAUCAUUCAAAAAUCCACAACAAAUCCAUCGGAUAAAGCGCAAGUAACCAUCGAACCUCUCGAAUCUGAAUGUAAUUUGAAUUGGAACGAUUUCUCUGAUGAUUCAGGUAAAGCUGUAAUAAGUGAGUUUACCACAGCAAACAGAAAUCCAAUAAUUUUACCAGUUGUAAAUCAAAACAAUGGCAGUAGUAAAUUGUUUUCUGCCAAACCGGGAAUAAAAUUGAAAUUUAAAAAUCAAUCAACAGUGCAGCCACCAAAAAGCGAAAAAAGUUUUGAAAAUUUGGACAACCAAAAUCGCAAUGACAUAAAUUCAGCAUUAAAAAAACAUGAUUUGAAAUUUGAAAAUUGCACGUUUAACAAUUGUGUUUUUAACGUCACUUCGUGUAAUUGCAAUAAAGAAAAUAAUUUAUAAAAUCUCUUAAAGUAAGAGAAAAAUAAAAACAAACGAAUAAUGCAAAUAAAA